AGUUUCUAGGGAUCAAAAGCUAAAUAAAUACUCAUCAGUCACUCUAAUCUCAGAAUCAGCAACACGAGUUGAUUCUUCUUCCUCUCUUAGCAACCACGUGUUCCUUCAGCAUCUCGAUUUUCACGGAAAAGAAAGCAGAAAACAAAAAAAAACAAAAAUAGAUUCUUUUGCCGUCAUGAAGAAUUUGUUUCCGUUUUUGGACGCUCUCUCACUUGGUUCCACAUCAAUCUCUCGCCGUUAUCUCGUCUUUUUAAGAGAGGGGAAAGCUUUGAUGAAAGGAGGGUCACGGCUAAAAGAUUAUGAGUUUGUUGAUUGUUGCUGAAGCAGAACACACCUCACAAGAGCCUUAGCAACAAGAAGCAAACAAAAAAAAAAUGGUAGAGACGCGAGCUCAGCAUCGCAGGCGAGUGACAUGGGAUGGAGUAGAAUCUGACCGAGGUGUCUUUUCUGACAUCUUAUCUCGACUCUCAGUAAGGUCUAUCCGUUCAGUGAAAACGGUUAACAAAUACUGGUAUGGCUCUGUUAGAGACAAACAUUUUGCUACGAUGCAUCUAGCUCAAUCGAGGAAGAAGCCCACAUACAUAGCUUGUCCUAGAGUAGACAACGCUAUGAAUCUGUAUCUUUUGAAGCCGGGGAAGUUCAAAUUUCAACACCAUGCUACGGUUGAUCCUCCGGGAAGAAGCGCUGAUCACCACAUGCACAUGAUCGCAUCAUUCAAUGGACUAGUAUGCUGCAUCAACCAACUUUCUGAUGAAUAUGAAGUAGAUUAUCAGAUAUGGAUCUGCAAUCCUUCUACUGAACAGACUCUGCUUCUUCCUCAAGGCAGACCAUCGUUUUGGACUGAACCAAGUAUCGGAGUUGCAUAUGGUCCUGACAUUAGCGAGUACAAAAUUUUCCGCAUAUUCUCUGAUGGUGAGAAAAACGCUGGAGAAGGUUUGCUCGUAGAAUGUGAGGUGUAUUCUUCUAUCACUGGUGCUUGGAGGAGGAGCAUCGGCUCUGUGCCUCAUCUUCCAAUGUAUAAUUAUUUUAUCCCACACAGAUCCGGUCAUGUCUUUGUAGGAGGAAAGAUCUACUGGCUUGUUUCUUUGGAAGAUCCUGGUUUAAUCCUCAGUGUUGAUAUGGAAGAGAGAUUCGAAGUUAUGGAGCUGCCUCACUAUCCAAAAGGAUUGCGAGAAGAAGACAGGAUAACAAUUUGUACAUAUCUGAUCGAUCUGGGAGGAUCGCUGUCACUUGUAGUUCUACAUGGGGAGUACUUUGACAUAUGGGAGUGGAAAGAAGCUAGUUGGGAACUUGAAGAAAGAGAUGAAUUGCCAGAUAUGGACUAUGAAAUUGUAUCAUCCGUGACCUCAUCAGAGAAGGAGAUCCUGUUUGUGACUGGGUCGGACUUGUGGACUUAUCAUCUGAAUAUUAGAAAGUGGAAAAGAAGGGACAGGCCUCCUACUCGAUCUAUAUAUCCUGCUACGUUCCCCUUCACCGAAAGCCUUCUUCCAUGCAAUGGCGGGGUGAGGCUAGAAGGAAGGUGAAGAAGAGUAUUUAUCAUCUCUGGCUUGUUGGUGGUGUGAUGGACAAAGUCUUUGCUUGGUGGUGCUUGAUUUAUCUUGCAGAGGCUUAUGUGUUUCUCACUGGAUACUCUGUUUUUAUUUUUCCCUUCUAAAACUUUUCAUUUCGUUUAAGGUUUCCGGUUUGCAUCAUGUCCUAAUCUUUUGGUUUUGAACUUUGUGUUUUAUCGUUUGUUUCGGUUUGUAAGCCUUUAUCAAUAGUAAUAAGCUGUGUUUCCGAACCAAGGUUUUCAUUUAUAUGAAAAGGGAAGCGAGGGCCCGGCUUAAACUGGGCGACAACCGUUGCGACAGUAGUCCCAAGUCCAAUCUUCAGUUCU